AAACAUGAUUAAACGAGCCAUUCCCUCUUUACUUUAUUAGGACCAAAACCCCACACAAACAACAGAAAACCAGUGUUCUUAGACUUUAACCAAAGGGCUUUUACAUACAAACAAACAAAACAACCACAGCUAUCACACACUCAGAUAAAAAAAUUGUAUGACACAGUAGAAAAACAAGAAAAAGAGAAAUUGACAUGACCACCACACCAAAACUCUUACACCAGCCACUACUUCUUCUUCCACUCCAAAACCCCUUCACAUUUCGCCACCCUUAAACCCAGCACCACCGCCGUUGUUUUCCAAUUCGGAAAACAAAACAGUAUAUAUUUUUAUAUAAACUAAUUUCUGUAGGUACUCGUAGCAUUACGAGUAUAGUAUACGGUAUACGCGCCAAAAAUGGGUUGCACAGCAUCGAAGCUGGACAACGAGGAAACCGUGAUGCGCUGCAAGGAGCGGCAUCGUUUAAUGAAAGAUGCUGUCUAUGCGCGCCACCACCUAGCGGCAGCGCACUCCGACUACUGCCACUGCCUCCGCCUCACCGGUUCUGCACUCUACACUUUCGCCGCCGCCGAACCCCUCACAGUCGCCGAAGACACCCCUGCCGUCCUCCUUCACAAAACCACCAAUAUUUCCCAAUCGUCAUCACGUCCUCCUCCCUCCGCCGCCGCUUCAGCUAGCCCUAAACUCCCUCGCAUAGUAACCUCCGGCGUCACGCGCCGCCGUCAACAGCCGUCGAGACUCCCUCACGUUCUCUCCGAAUCGAGCCCCUGUUCGUCGCCUCGAAGCGAGUUUUCGAACUUCUCAGCCGCUCAACAACAACCUGAACCCAUACCUACUUCACAUCCGCCACAACCUCCUCUUCCCGCCGUCACUCGCCGCCGCAAACCGCCGCCGAAGCUCCCUCACAUACUCUCCGAAUCGAGCCUCUUCUCCUCGCCGCGAAGCGAAUACUCGAAUUUCUUCGCCACCGCGCACCAAGCUCAAUCCACGCCUACUUCACAAGCCUCUUCCGUUUGGAAUUGGGAGAAUUUCUAUCCUCCUCCUUCUCCUCCAGGCUCCGAUUACUUUCGCCAACGCCAAAACCACAAACUGCAAACAACGCCGAAUUUCGAAACGUCGGAAUCGGAAUCUGAAUCGAUGUACAAUCCGUUCCGUUCAAACUCUCAACGCAAUCGCAAAAUUGAUAACACUACAAACAUCGAUUCACAAGAACAAGAACAAAAGGCAGAACCAGAGAUUUCCGAAUCAGAAACGGAAUCUGAAGAUAAAUACUUACAUGAACAGGUUCAGACGGAGCGCGAGGAGGUUCGGUGCAGCGAGUGGGAGGACCGUUACAGUUCCUCGAGUUCGUCUGAGCAUGAGGAAGGAGGCGUCGGAGUCACCUCACCGUCCAAGGCACAGUAUGUCGCCGGAGGCUAUGCUCCGGGCGCGAAGAAUGACAAGGUCAGCGAUGACGUGGCGGAGGCGAAGGUAGCGGUGAGACAUAGGGAUUUGAAAGAGAUAGUGGAAGCGGUUAGGGAGAAUUUUGAGAAAGCUGCAGUGGCCGGAGAUCAGUUAUCGGAGAUGCUCGAGGUUAGCAGAGCGCACCUUGAUCGGAGUUUUAAGCAAUUGAGGAAAACACUUUACCAUUCAAAUAGUGUACUCAGCAAGUUAAGCUCGAGUUGGACCUCUAAACCGCCGUUGGUGGUUAAGUACCGGCUCGACGCCGGUUCGUUGGACGGACCGGGCGGUUCAAAGAGCCUGGGUUCCACUUUGGAACGCCUUUUGGCUUGGGAGAAGAAGCUGUAUCAGGAAGUGAAGGCAAGAGAAUGUGUGAAGAUUGAACAUGAAAAGAAACUGUCAGCUCUGCAGAGUCUAGAAUGCAAAGAUGGUGAUGAAGCAAAGCUAGAUAAGACCAAGGCUUCCAUAACAAGGUUGCAGUCAUUAAUUGUUGUUACAUCUCAAGCUGUAUCCACCACCUCAGCUGCCAUUAAUGGCCUUAGGGAUGCUGAUCUUGUUCCUCAGCUUGUUGAUCUCUGCCGUGGAAUCAUGUAUAUGUGGAAAUCAAUGCAUGAGUACCAUGAAAUCCAAAGCAACAUUGUGCAGCAAGUCCGUGGGCUUGUGAACCAAUCAUCCAAAGGUCACUCAACAUCUAAAUCACACAAGCAGGCAACAAGGGAUCUUGAAUCAGCUGUGUCAGCUUGGCAUUCCAGUUUCUGCCGCCUGAUAAAGUUUCAACGUGAGUUCAUCCUUUCUCUGCAUGGCUGGCUCAAGUUGAACCUUAUUCCAGUAAAAAAUGACAGCAGCAGCAGCAGCAGCAACAAUAACAGUGAAUCAUCUCAUGUGUUUUCUUUCUGUGAUGAAUGGAAACUUGCCCUCGACCGUGUUCCGGACACAGUUGCUUCAGAAGCAAUCAAGAGCUUCAUCAACGUUGUGCAUGUGAUAUCAGUGAAGCAAUCUGAGGAGCUGAAGAUUCAGAAGAGAACUGAGAGUGCCUCCAGGGAACUUGAGAAGAAAUCUUCAUCUCUGAGAAGCAUAGAAAGGAAGUUUUACAACUCGUAUUCUAUGGUAGGCAUAACACCUCCUGAGUCUGGUCCUGCUGAUGGACAAGGCUUGGAUGCAAGAGACCCUCUUGCUGAGAAGAAACUGAAACUAGCAUCUUACCAAAGACGUGUUGAAGAUGAAAUGGUGAGGCAUUCGAAAGCUGUUGAGGUGACCAGAGCUAUGACACUCAACAAUCUUCAGACUGGUUUACCUGGAGUGUUCCAGGCAAUGGCAAGUUUUUCUUCAUUGUUCACUGAGGCUCUUGAGUCUGUAUGUAGCCAUUCACGUACCAUGAAUUAAUUGUGAGUUGAUGGAUUAAUUGUGGCAUUUAUUGAAAGGAUAUUUUCUUUUUGCAAUCACAUA